GCGUGCGCGCGGGCCGUGCGGCGGGGGCAGGGUGGGCRCGGGGGAUGUCGGCCACGUGCGCCGUGUCCCCGAAAGCGCCGCUGCCGAGGCCGCGUUCCCAGGGCGAGGAGGAGCCGCCCGCCAAGGUGAUGCGCAGGGGGCUGCGGCCAGGCCGCGAGGAGGAGCGGGAGCCGCUGCCGUGGCCGGGAGAGAGUGCGAGCGGCAUGGGCGCGGAGGCCGAGGCGGAGCAGGCUGUGCCGCUGAGCGACGAGCGGCGGAGGCGACAGGCUCUGGAGCCCAGGGCGCUGACGAUGGCGUCAACCAGGGCGGCGGAGGAAGAGGAGCGCCUGGAGCGGGAGCAUUUUCGGAGGAUCAUCAACGCUUUCCGAUAUUACGGAACGAAUAUGCAUGAACGAGUGAACAGAACAGAGAGGCAGUUUAAGUCUCUCCCAGCUAACCAGCAGAGUCUUCUUCCUGAAUUUCUUCCUCACCUUGACAAGAUUCGGAAGUGCAUUGAUCAUAAUCAAGAAAUACUACAAACCAUUGUCAAUGACUGUGUUCAUAUGUUUGAAAAUAAAGAAUAUGGAGAAGAUGGAAGAGGGAAGAUUACACCAGCUUCCACAUUUGACAUGGAUAAGUUAAAGUCCACGUUGAAACAAUUUGUGAGAGACUGGAGCAAAGAGGGCAAGUCUGAGAGAGAUUCCUGCUACCAGCCAAUUAUUAGUGAAAUUGUAAAGAACUUUCCAAAAGAAAGAUGGGAUUUCUCCAAAGUUAAUAUCCUGGUACCUGGUGCUGGGCUAGGUAGAUUGGCGUGGGAAAUAGCUAUGCUCGGUUAUGCUUGCCAAGGAAAUGAAUGGAGCCUCUUUAUGCUCUUUUCUUCUAACUUUGUACUCAACAGAUGCUCUGAAAUUAACUCAUGUAAGCUUUAUCCCUGGAUUCAUCAAUUUAGCAAUAACAGAAGAUCCGCUGAUCAGAUACGACCAAUUUAUUUCCCAGAUGUUGAUCCUCACAGUCUUCCUUCUGGUUCAAACUUCUCUAUGACAGCAGGGGAUUUUCAAGAAAUUUAUUCUGAGUGCAAUACGUGGGACUGUGUAGCAACUUGCUUUUUCAUAGAUACAGCACAUAAUGUUAUUGAUUAUAUUGAUACUAUAUGGAAAAUACUGAAGCCUGGAGGAAUAUGGAUAAAUGUAGGCCCUCUCCUUUACCAUUUUGAAAACCUGGGAAAUGAACUUUCUAUAGAAUUAAGCUAUGAGGAUAUAAAAAACGUUAUCCUGCAAUAUGGAUUUCAUAUAGAGGUGGAGAAAGAAUCUGUACUGUCAACUUACACUGUGAAUGAACUCUCCAUGAUGAAAUACUACUAUGAAUGYGUGUUGUUCGUGGUAAGAAAACCAGAACAGCAGUGAUCUGAAUAGGUUAUUGAGAACCUAGUGUUGGCUUGAAAGCUAGAAAAGAGAAGAAAAUGAUCUGGUUAUGUAUGGACACAACCUCAAAUCAGUGGUGCCUUCCUGUUCCUAAGAGGAUAUAGAUAGCGUCUAUUUUCUUAAUAUCUCUAUUGCUAUUCAGACAUACUAUGUCAGGCAUAUUCAUUAUAUACUUGUGAAAGAUGAAGUGUUCACAUACACUGUCUUUGUGCUUUGGAAUGCGUUAAUAAUAUAAGCAAAAGUGUUUUCUUGAGAUCAAAAUGUAAGGUUUGCCAUAACUAAGCUAGUUCUCUGCUAAUGAUGCCUCAUUUUUCAUAGAUUUAUAGUGCUUUUUUUACUACUUUCUCAUAUUAGGAAUGCAUGGAGGUGCUUACUGUACUAGCUGUGUCACUUUUAGAGAAGUAUUUGUAAAUGUAUACUUAAAUUAUGAAGUCUGAAAUGGUUGGGGAGUGGUAAAAUUAUACUUGACAGAUAAAAUAGGAACUGUUAGAGCAUUUUCUGUGGAACUGAAGUGAAGUAGGUUAUUAUACAAAAUCUUUGUACCACUAUUAAAAGUUCAGUUAAAAGCAGAACUUAUAGGCAAAAUACUAUGUGGAAGCAGAAUACUGAAUGAAAAAAGAAAGCAGAAUGUCACAGAAAAGCAGUAUGUUAAGCUCAGUUCAGGAAAACACCAGCCUUGAUGGAUUUUGGUGUUGGAACUGAAAUGUGUUAGAUGCUUUGCCUUCUUGCAAUACACUGAUUUUGGAUCAUCUUCUUACUGCUUAAGCCAAAAAUUUUAAAGUUGAUAAACAUAGCUGAGUUAUCUACGCCAUGUGUAGGUAGUACAUCAUAAAAAUAUCUGUCAGAGCAGUGAAGCUUCAUGUAAAUUUGUGCUAUAACCUAAUCACCUCCACCUGAGCCAGGAUAUGCAGACCAAAUGGUAGACGAUUUCCUUGUAACUUCAGACAUUUUACCCUUGUGACUUCUUAGUUCCUCAYACUAAUGUGGCUUUUUUUCCUAACAGCUGGGGCUUAGGUGAAUAUUUAAUCUAGAAGUCGUGAUACUGUGUAAGAGGCUAAAUCUCAUGUCACUUUGAAGUUAUGUACAUGAGAAAAGCCUUAAUUAACAAGGAUCCCUAGUCUGAAAGGAGGUGUCAUGUUAGGCAUUUUGUUUUCUUAAUAUAUUGAUUACCUUAAGUGCAAUUUUGAUGCAUUUUCAAACAUACAUUUAAAACCAUUAUGAUGAGGGCCGAAAAUCUUUUUCKUAUUUGACUAUGAGGGCACUGGUCAGUAACUUGUUUAAUUCUGAUUAUUUUUUGGCCCAUUUUUCAUGGGGAUAUCCUAAUCACAUCUCUUUAAUAGAUCUGUUACUGGCUUCUCGAUUUUUCCAAUCAAGGCCAGAAAUUUGUGCCUUUAUUCCUAAAUUGAAAAUCUCCAAGGAGGGAAAAUAAACUUUUUUUAGUAUAUUUUUAACACUGCUAGAGAGCACAUUCCUGCAUAUUUCAGUAUUGUGUCCCUUUCUGCUCAGCAGAGCAGAUUGAAAAGAGAGGUGCACAGAAGUUUUUAAGUACACCUUGGCUUAAACUUGUUUUCUUUAACCAGUUGACUCUAAAUUAGUAAAAGUGUGUGAACUGUUGAAGUUCUAYCCUGUUCCAAGGGAGAUGUUUAAAGAUAAAACACUGCUAUUCAACAAACUAAAAAUCCUUGCACACCUAAAAAUAAAAAGCCAUGUGCUUUAAUUUCUGUAUUGUAUAAUUUACUUUUUGAGGAAAUUUGUGAUUCCUUGCUUUCAAUCUGCUUUUCUUCCCUUAGAAUAUGAUUAAUAAUUGACUUGAUUUUCAAGCUUCUUGAAAUGAGAGAGGUUAGAUGAAUGUCAAACUGAUGCUCAGUAGUGAGAGUAUCUGUCUCAUAUUAAUCAAUUGCUGCCCCUUACAGAGUCUGUAACUUGAAAUGUGGUGUUCUGUUCUUCAAAAAUAAGCAUUGGAACUUAUUUCUGGUUGAGUGUCAAUACCCUGUGUUCUGGUGGUUCUUUUUGCURCUCCAUGUUGUCGCAGGUGCCAUUUAUUGUACGUUCUCUGAACAUGUUUUUACAUAUGGUUUUAGAUGGUGAUAUGCUUUCAUUUCUGAUCUAGAAAAGCUGUUUUUUUCCCACAGCAUUCUGCUUUUCAAUUGCAACAGUCACAUUAGGAGUUGGAAGCAAAAUAAGCUUGUGAAUGAGUUGUUUGUAGUGUUUUACUUGCAGUCCUAUUUAUGAGUUUUUAGAAUUCUCCACUUGUACUGUAAUGCACAAGGAUAAUUGUGUAUUAUWGAAUUUGAUUAUUGUUUUAUUUAGUUUUAUAUGUAGGGGAAAUGCUCAAGGUGUUUGUCAGCUAAAACUGUUUAUUUUGGAUCUAACAGGUGUAAAAUAAAAUGCUGCAUAAUCUUCAUUGUAAAACUUCUUUAUAUGGAGUUCGAUAAAUGUAAAAUGUCCUGUAUUUUUUUUAAUAUGUUCUGAAAUUGGUUCUGAAGGGGAUAAGAGUGGGAAGUUUCACGUCUGUGCGUGCACUUCCCGCAGUUUUCGAUGUGUGUAAUGGAUUGAUUUUUUGGAUAUUAAAGCUUGCUGUAUGGCUUGA